AUGAGCUCUCCUGACGCUCGGGCUGCAUCGUGGGGAAACCGCACGAACCCGCCUGGCUCUCACCGUCACCUGCUGCGCGCACUUGGCGCCGAUAGGAGCACGCGAGGCAGGACAACUCCGCACAGUUUCCUCUGCAGCGCAUUGAGACUCUGCGAAGCUUGUGGACAGUUGACUUUGACAACGGUGGAUCACGUCUACGCGAACGUGCAUGUGGUUCUGUUUUGAUUACUCUACCUCAUUUAAACCUGUGGGCAGCAUUUAGCUCUGGACGCUGUUGUGCGCAAAACAACUCCUUGAACAUUGGCGUGCCGCCUUCAGCUCCACUUAACCCUGUACGUGUGGCCAGCAUGGAGCAGCUCUAAUGUAAUUACAAUGGCCUGUAAGCCUUUGUCUUGCAGCCCGUAUCAUCCUGUCCCAAGUUUGUUUUAACAAAGAUCCCCCACUCGACUCUCUCCGCCGCGCGUCAGCCCGCUUUUACGCACGAACAAUGGGCUCGGAGAAGCCCAACUUUUUGUCGCAGCCGGUGGUGAAGAACGUUUUCAUGUUCCGCAACGGCGACCCGUACUACGAUGCUCGCCGGAUAGUGAUAAACCAAAAGAGGGUGUCCAACUUCGAGACGUUGCUGAGAGAGGUGUCCGGCGGAGUCCAGGCCCCGUUCGGAGCGGUGAGGAACAUCUACACGCCCAGAGGAGGCCACAAGGUGGACUGUCUGGAGAGCCUGCGGAGCGGGGAGCAGUACGUCGCUGCCGGGAGGGAGAGGUUCAAAAAGCUGGAUUACCUCCACAUUGGAUCUAGAAAGAGGAGGCUGCUGCAGACUCUUCCGAUGCAGGCCAAACCGCUGCCCCCGACUCGAAUCAUUGUGUCGGCUCGAUUCCUGAAACCCAUCAAGGAGCCAUGUACAAUAUUCGUGGUAGCCAAUGGCGACGUGUUGAACCCUGCAGUGAGGCUGCUGAUCCAGCAGAGGAUGCUGGGCCAGUUUGAGCGGAUAUUAGAGAUGAUCACAGAGAAGAUGGGUUUGAAAGUCCUGGGGGGUGUUCGAAGUCUCUUCACCUACGAAGGCCACCAGGUGACUGAAGGGAGUCAGCUGGAGAGCAGUCAGCUGUAUGUGGCUGUAGGAAGAGACAGGUUUAAGAAGCUGCCGUACAGUGACCUUCUCUUCGCCAAGCUAAGAGGGACCAGGAGGGUGAAUGGAGUGAAAGCUCACUCUCUCCCACCUAUCUACAGAUUCUCCAAGCAAAAUGGAAACAGCAAGUCCAUAGUCCGGUGCAGUGAUAGUGGAGAUGGAGACUUCAAGGCGUCCCCUCCAGGCCACACUGGAAACAACAGGGAACACCUGUCGUCCAUCGUCAGAGAAAUCUCUCAAGCCCGACUCAUCUCUCUCAGGAAGAAGAGGAGCGGACAGAGCAUGACCCUCACCAUCUCCGACAAUGAUGACCAGGAAUCAAAGGCUGAUGAUGGAAACACUGAUGACAAAGCCCCUCAAGAGCAGCCAGCUGAAAAGAAACCUGCAGAUGAUGAUUCAAAAGCUGCGGAGGAGAACAGCGAAAAGUCAGAAGAGCAGAAACCUCCAGACGAAGACGCAAAAGCUGCGGAGGAGAACAGCGAAAAGUCAGAAGAGCAGAAGCCUCCCGACGAAGACGCAAAAGCUGCAGAGGAGAACAGCGAAAAGUCAGAAGAGAAGAAACCUCCAGACGAAGACGCAAAAGCUGCGGAGGAGAACAGCGAAAAGUCAGAAGAGCAGAAACCUCCAGACGAAGACGCAAAAGCUGCGGAGGAGAACAGCGAAAAGUCAGAAGAGGAGGAGGAAGCUGCUGCUGAAAACACCAAAGAAGAAGAAGAAGAGGAUGCUUCUGCCGGCAAAGCAGAUCGGGAGGAAAACGAGGAGACAAAUGGUGAAAAAGGGGGAGAUGAAGAGAAAAAGGGAGAUGAAGAGCCAAGUGAAAAAGAGGGUGAAGCAACAGCAGAACCUGAGGAGAAAGAGGACGAGGUAAAAGAAGAAGCAGCAGAGGAGGUCACGGACAAGAGCAAGGAGGAGGUUGAGGGCAAGGAGGAGGUUGAGGGCAAGGAGGAGGUUGAUAGCAAGGAGGAGGUUGAGAGCAAGGAGGAGGUUGAGAGCAAGGAGGAGGUUGAGGCUGAGGAGGAGGUUGAGGCUGAGGAGGAGGUUGAGACUGAGGAGCAGAGGUCCAGCGGUAGCAACAGUGAUAAGAGCCAGGACAGUACAGAGAAAGAGGAUGGAAGUCAUGCAUCUUCUGAGGGUGAAAAGGACGAGCAGGGCAAAAACGCAGAAGAGGAGAAGCAAGAUAAAGUCAGCGAAGAGGGGGAGAAAAACAGCGAGGACGAGAAUAAUGAUGUAGACGCAGAGGAGGAACAGAAGGAGACGGAAAACGACAGCGACCCAGGGAAGACUCAGUCAGAUAACGAGACAAAAGACGACGAUAACGACAAAAGCAGCAGUGGCAACAGUAACCAGGAGGAAGAUGUGAGCGAGACAAAAGAGGGGGCUACCGAAGGGUCAGGGGAAGAGGAGAGGAAGGAGAACGGGGAGGUCGAGGGAGUAGAAGAUGAUGAGGUGGAGAGCGAAGCGGAGCUGGACACAGAGGACAAAAAUUCAGCCGGACCCAAGGAUACGGCAGCAAACGGAGAGACAGGAGAGGGUGAUGAAGAGAAGGAAGAGGAGGAAAGACAAGGAGAAGGAUUAGAAAAGAAGGAGAAAAUGUGAAAGUUUAUUGGGUUGAGCGGUGCUGAAGAUGGGAAGCAAUGUUUUACAAUGUGUAAAAUAGCAAAUACAUGGAAGGCAAAGCACGACAUGACUGCAGACAUAUUUACUAGAUGGCCUUGUAGAAGUCGCCCUGAAAAUAAAAUGAUUUGACAUCGCAGAGCAAUAUAAUCUUUGAAAUGCUGACGGUUAAAUAUAGUUUUAAAAAAAUUCAGGUAAACUGUUUUAUUCAUAACUAACUCUUCAUUUAUCCAUGUCUGAAAGAGAUAAACAACAAAUACAAACUCUAAUAAUAUACUUUUAUUUUCCAUUUACAAGUGCUGUGAACUUCGGAGCUGCUUUACACUGUGAGAACGUGUAGUGAGUGAUGCAGGGGAAAUUGAAAUAUACACAUUAAUAUUACAUUUUUAA